AUUCAGGAAUGAGGUCGUAAUGGAACAUAUUGAAACGGAACUAUGGAACGCGGUUCAGAAAAAGGACAUCGUCAAAAUACAAUCAUUCCAGGGCGGACGAGCACACCAGCUAAUUAAGGAUUGGCCUUUUGUGGAGACUUGUGUUAAAGAAGCAAUUGAGACUGGUGAUUGGGAACUUGUGAAAGCUCUACUGCUCACAUUUUGCCAUGAAAAUUCAGAGGCCUUCCAGGUUGGAGAGUUUGCUAUUGUUGUAUCUACAAGUCUGAAGAAUAAAAGUAUGAUGACAAAUAUUCUUGAAUUCUGGUUUGAAAAUAAUAGCUUUCAGAUCUUUACUCCUCUUGAUGUGGUAGCCAUUGCUAUACAGGCAUCCGGGCCAAUUAAAUCAAGAAAACAUUCUGUCCUAGAGACGAAAACCAUUACACAUCUGAUUGAAACUGCAAUAUAUGUUGCUACAGUAGAUAAAAGCCAUGAAGUAUUAAAGCAUGCUCUCCAGUGGUAUAGAGACAAUAAACCAAAGGUAAUGCAACAAAUUGAACGUACAGCUACUGCCCGACGUUACGCGAAUAAAAUUCAAGACUUUAACUCUGAGUUCAAUGCAGUCGCUGAUAAAUGUGAACAGUACGCGAUUGAACUCCUCACAAAGUGUACAACUAAACAUGAAAUACAAACAUUACUCCAAACCAAAUCCUACAAGGGUCAUCAUAAUGCAAACUUUAACAUCGCCAUCUUGGACGGACACAAGGAACUUGUGGCGCAUGAAAAGUUUCAACAGCUGUUGCACAAGAAGUGGGGUCAGAGGGAUAGAGUGCACUAUGCAGACGACAUUCGUUUUAAUAUUUUCUGGUCUGAAAUGGGGAAAACUCAAAAACUUUGUCACUUUCUGAAGCAAAUCGGCUUUUACCUUCUUCUCCCUCUCAUCUUCCUCAUUACAACCUUCCUCCCCUGUCUAGAGAAAAAUGAACUCUUCCGAAAUAUUUUGAUGCAAUCUCAUGUUCCCGUCAACAGAUUUUUAUAUUUUGAACUUUCAAAAGUUCUUUUUAAUCUUAUCAUCUUUUGUACCCUCAUUGAUGAGCAGGUUGUUAAUGGAGAUCUUGGUUCUUUUGCAGUUCUUGAUGGGAUUGCAGAGGAUAGGAUAAAUUUCCUUGCAGGGGAGAUUUCUAACGUUCAUAAUGAAAUUCAGGAUUGA